GGGGGUCGGCGCGGCCUCCUGCUCCUCCUCCUCCACGCCGCCUCCGGGCUUGCCCCGCACCCCCCCCAGCCUCAGUUUCCCCCUGAGAAGAACUGCAGUCUUCGUUCGAUAACCGUGGCUAAAGCCCUACUUACUGAGCGCUUACGGGGGUGCCGAGCACUGUACUAAGCGCCCCCCCACUUCCGGCUACGUGAGACGGGCUCCUGGCGGUACCGUGUGGUUGGCGUGGGAGGUGGGGGGUGCCAAGAUGCAGGGCGGUAAAGGGUUUAACCCGGAGAAGCAGAACCAUGCCCCCCGCAAGUUGCACCACCAGCCGCCCAUGCCCGCCAACGGGCAGCAGGCCAACAGCCAGAAGCGGCUGUGUACCCUGUUCCCGUCGGACGAGGGGCUGACCGUGGACCUGAAGAACUUCCGCAAGCCGGGCGAGAAGACGUUCACCCAGCGCAGCCGCCUCUUCGUGGGCAACCUGCCGCCGGACAUCACGGAGGAGGAGAUGCGCAAGCUGUUCGAGAAGUACGGCAAGGCCGGCGAGGUCUUCAUCCACAAGGACAAGGGCUUCGGCUUCAUCCGCCUGGAGACGCGGACGCUGGCGGAGAUCGCCAAGGUGGAGCUGGACAACAUGCCGCUGCGCGGGAAGCAGCUGCGGGUGCGCUUCGCCUGCCACAGCGCCUCCCUCACCGUCCGCAACCUGCCGCAGUUCGUGUCCAACGAGCUGCUGGAGGAGGCCUUCUCCGUCUUCGGCCAGGUGGAGCGCGCCGUGGUCAUCGUCGACGACCGCGGCCGGCCCUCGGGCAAGGGCAUCGUCGAGUUCUCGGGCAAGCCCGCCGCCCGCAAGGCCCUCGACCGCUGCAGCGAGGGCUCCUUCCUGCUCACCUCGUUCCCCCGGCCCGUGACGGUGGAGCCGAUGGACCAGUUGGAUGACGAGGAGGGGCUGCCCGAGAAGCUCGUCAUAAAGAACCAGCAGUUUCACAAGGAGCGAGAGCAGCCGCCCCGCUUCGCCCAGCCCGGCUCGUUCGAGUACGAGUACGCCAUGCGCUGGAAGGCGCUCAUCGAGAUGGAGAAGCAGCAGCAGGACCAGGUGGACCGCAACAUCAAGGAGGCCCGCGAGAAGCUGGAGAUGGAGAUGGAGACGGCCCGCCACGAGCACCAGGUCAUGCUCAUGCGGCAGGACCUGAUGCGGCGCCAGGAGGAGCUGAGACGGAUGGAGGAGCUGCACAACCAGGAGGUGCAGAAGCGCAAGCAGCUGGAGCUCAGGCAGGAGGAAGAGCGUCGGCGGAGGGACGAGGACAUCCGGCGCCAGCAGGAAGAGCUGAUGAGGAGGCAGCAGGAGGGCUACAAAGGAAACUUCCCCGAUGUGAGAGAGCAGGAGAUGCGGAUGAGCCAGCUGGGCAUGGGAGGUAAGGACCCCGUCCCCCCGCCCCCGGGGGCCUCCUCCUCCUCCUCCUCCUGGACCGCGGCGGGCUCGCACCUGCACAGGCCCGCGCCGCCGCCGCCGCCGCCGCCGCCGCUGCCCUCCUCUCUGCCCCAUCCCGCCUGGAGAGGAGCCCUGGAGCCGCAUGCGGGGGACCUGGGCCGAGGCGCCAUGGGCAUGAACAGCCGAGGAGCCGUGGGCGGCGCCAACGUGGCCGCCGGGGCCCCCAACGCCCCCGGCCCCAUGAUGCCCGACGGAGCCAUGGGGCUGACCCCGCCGCCCAACGAGCGCUUCGGCCAGGGCGGUGCCAUGGAAGGAAUCGGGGCCAUGGGCGCCGGCACCCCGGGCUUCGGCCGCGGAGCGCCCGCCAGGGACUUUGACCCCAACAAGCGCCGCCGAUACUAGCCGGGGACGGAGCCCGACCCCCCGGCGCGGGGAGGGGGGCGGGGAGGGGGGCCCCGACGACGCCGGAGCCACGUUCCCAUGCCCGUCCGCCGCCCCCCUUUCCCCCCCCAAAAGACCCCCGCACCGCCUCCGUGCGCCCCGCCAGCCCCCCGGGCCGAAGCCCACCCCCCUACCCGCUCUAGCCCCCAACAGCAAUGUCCCUCACCCCCCGCGGAUAGGAUCGGGGUGAGGAUGGGGUCUGUAGAGGCCCUCUCCGGUUUUGAUUUCUUUUUGUCCCGUUCCGUUCUCCUCCCCCCGACCCCCCCCCCCCCAAAUUAAUCGUAGUUUGUGUGUUGAGACGA